UAUCUUAUCUCAGAAUGGUUUCAGUGAUCUCCCACCUGGUGCAGCACAGAAAAGCUGUAAUUUCCGAGAAGAAGAUUCUUGCUGAUCUCCAACAGAAAUCAGGUAAUGAAUUCCCUGGUUCAGAUUACCAUCCUCCUGAUAGAAAGAAUUGGAUGUCCAAUCUUGAACCUCAGAAAAUUCAAAUAAACAAAAUCAUUUGGCCAGGAACCCAUGACUCAGCUACCAACGACAUUGGAAUCCCAUUCAUCUCUCGACCCUUUGCCCAGUGCCAAACCUUAUCCAUCUAUGAACAGCUCGUAAUCGGAACCCGAGUCUUCGAUAUCCGAGUUCAAGAGAAUCGCCGAGUCUGCCAUGGAAUCCUCCUAACUUAUUCCAUUGAAGUUGUUCUCAAUGACAUCAAGAAGUUUCUCGGCGAGACCGAAUCAGAGAUUAUAAUUCUGGAGAUACGCACUGAGUAUGGCCAUAAAGAUCCACCAGAAUUCGAUAAGUAUUUGGUGGGUCAACUCAGUGAGUUCUUAAUCUAUCAGGAUGACCAGGUGUUUGAGAAGACAGUGGCUGAGUUGCUGCCUAAGCGUGUUAUUUGUGUGUGGAAGCCAUCUAAGUCUCCUCCACCCAAGCCUGGUGAUCCACUAUGGAGCUCGGCUUACUUGAAGGAUAACUGGAUUGAUACUGAUUUGCCAUGGACCAAGUUUCAGAGUAAUAUGAAGUAUUUGAGUGAUCAACCACCGGUGACUAAAAGAAAUUUCUUUUAUAGGGUUGAGAACACAGUAACACCUCAGGCUAAUAACCCUGUUGUAUAUGUGAAGCCAGUGACUUAUAGGAUUCAUCCCUAUGGAAGGCUUUUCAUUUCUCAGUGCUUUAGUAAUGGUUGUGCUGAUAGGUUGCAGAUCUUUUCAGAGGAUUUUAUCGAUGAAGAUUUCAUCGACGCGUGCAUCGGACUUACUCGUGCAAAAAUUGAGGGGAAGGCCUGAAUGUUUUGAUUGUGGCUCUCCUGCCCAUAUGGUCACCGGUCCACCCUAUCUCUCACCUUCACCUUGUCUCCUUUCCUCAAAUAUCCUCCGCUGACACUCGUGUCAACAGAGGGAUGGAAGGUGAGAGAUGGGGUGGACAGAUGAGUACCAUAUGGGCAGGUGAUCCAGACACUGGCCGUUUUGGGAUUAUGGGAUGACAUGUUUCAUGAAAAUGGAUUAGUUGUUCGUACGAUCACCUGAUUGUACGAAUCAGCAUCAAACAUCUGUCCUUUUUGUUUCCAUAUAUAUCCCUUUUUAUCCUUGUAAUGGCAGAAGGAAUGACAGGUGUUGGAUGUUAACUUAUACGACCGGCUGAUCGUAGGAACAGCGGAUUUCACGUUGUAUAUCUUUGCCUAUGUAAUUCUACUUUUUAAUGUUGAUCGUUCAAUUGUCUUCUACAAAGAGAAUAUUA